AUGAGCAGCAAUGAGCACGACAAUAGUAUUUUAUCAUUAAAGUACUUAGAAAAUGAUAAUAAUCUAGAUGAUGAACAGGAGAAUUUAGAUAAAUUUCUUGAUAACGACUAUAUUUUAGAAGAAAAUCCCAAGAAUGUUGCUGCGAAUUCAAAUAGCAAUAAUAAUAAUUAAUAGAAUAGCUCAAGCACUUAAAUCCAAACAAGUUCUACUGAGAUAUUUAUGGAUACCAAAAAGCCAACUCAAAUUUAUGGGUCUUCAUAGUCUUCAGUCACCAUGCUGAAUAAGGCUUCUUUCACAGACCUUGGCUUUUUUCUUCAAAAUAACUCUGAAUACCCAAUUGAUUUGAAUUCAGCAGGAGCUAACUUUAUCAGACAAAUGCUUUAAAGCAAUUAGCCCAUGAAGAAUUACAUGAACUACCUAAAAAAAGACCUUGUCGAUCUUACAGAUGAGAGAGAUGCAGCGGUUGUUAUGCAGAUUCUGCAAAAACCGACAAAGAGUAAGAACGAAUGCGACUUUCUCCUUAAAUCUAUACAAGGAUUACAUUUAUUCUAAAAAAACAAAGAUAUGUUAACUAUGAAAGACUGUAACUAGACCUUGCUUGAGAAACUCAGAUUGGAAUAUUUUCCAGCAAGAAAGACAAUCUUUAAUUAUGGUGACUUUGGUUACACUUAUUACAUAGUUUUGCAAGGAGAAUGUGAUUUGUUGAUUCCAGCUCCAACUCUAGAUGCUAGCGAUAAGUCUAAAAAGGACGAAUCUGGUCAUGGUAAAAGCGAAAACAACAAGGAGCAUACUACAUAACAUCAUAAACACCAUUAAGAACAUUAUGCUAAUAAUUAACAUAGUGAAGUUGAGAGUACAGUAGAUUUAAGAGAAACUCAAACUGGUUCUCAUCCUUUAAGUAAAUUAGGCAAAAAAAAAGUAAAACUUGAUAGCAAGUGGAAGGUGCUUAAAUAAACAUUCAAUCCAGAUCAAGAAAACAUGCAUCUUUAAGAAAUAUCUUCUCCACGCUAGAAUUCAGACGCAACACCUAUCAGAGACAAUGAAACCCAAGAAUAGUUUUUAGAAAGAUGUUUUGUUGGGUUAAAAUACAUGAAGACUUUUAAACCAGGAGAGGCAUUUGGUGAGAUUGCUUUGAUGACUAAACAGAGGAGAACUGGUACUAUCGUUUGUAGAGAAAACACCUUUUUAAUGGCAUUAACUAAAGAAAGUUUUGACAUCAUACUAGGAGCUUAUCAUGAAAUAAUUAUUUAGAGAAAGCUCAACUUUUUAAAGUCAUACAAUUUCUUUAGAGGUGUACCAAACUCAAAAUUACUUUCGUUGCUCCACAUGAUGAAAAUUGUUAAUUACAGCAACAAAAAUAUUAUUUACACUGAAAAUGAUCCAAGCAGAUUUGUGUAUUUAAUUAGAGAAGGAGAAGUUGAAAUUUCUUAAGUGUGCAAUAUUGAAACUAAUGUGGAAAAAGAGAAGAAGAAAAAAGAAGAGCAAGAAGACAAUCCCAACGAUAUAAAUGCAGUUAAAGCUUAAAAAGAAAUUAGAAAUAAAAAGAAAAGAAUUCCUAUUGUAAUUAAGGGUAAAAAUUCUUAUUUCGGUGAAGAAGAAAUUCUCAAACACAUCGAUACAAGAAAAUAAUAAGCUAUUUGCAGCAGUGAGACAGCAGAAAUAUUCCUCAUUAAAAAAGAUAUCCUUUACAAUUACACAAGAGGAUAUGGAGUUAUUGAUAAACUCAAGGAGGAGUUUAAGGUAAAAGGAGAGUGGAAUUAAAUUAGGUAGGCUAAGAUAGUUCAAACAACUUAAAAUACUAAAAGUGAUAUUGAGAAACAAAUAACUUUAUUGUCGUUGAAGAGAUCUUCAGCCACCUUAUAAAACAUCAAUGAAACAAAAGGUUUGGAAAGUAAAUCAUAAAACUCGAAUAUAUUCUCUAUUAAUUAGGCUAGAAGCUAGACUUUGCUAAAUAUUCCUGCAAAUCCAGUAUCUAUGACCAGUAUUAAUUCUUCUGGAAAUAAAAGAAAUAGCAUGAUGAAUACUUUUAACAAUAAUCCUCGUACUCCUUCAUAAACUAGUGGUCUAACUUUAGAUCCUUUUGAUGUCAUGACUUCUAAGCAGAGAUUAUCACUAAGAACUAACCCUUUCAAUCCAAACAGCUUAAAUACACUUUAAAAGCAAUUAGAGUUAGGAUCUAUUAACAAAUAAAAUUAAGGUACUGCUAACGAUGAAAAUAGCGAUGCAUUCUUUACUACUGGAGUUGGAUAAUUCUCAGCAAACACCAUCUAAAACUAAAAACUAACUCCUGAUUCUAAAGUUCAUCUUAAACUAAGGCAAAACAGAAAAAGCUCGUAAUAAUCAACCUUUUAUGGGAUUGUUGCUAACGAAAGCUAAACUCCUUAACACAAUAAACUUCCUACUACUAUCACAGAAGAAGAAAAUUACAUAGAAAAUAAAAUCCUUAAUAACAAAAUGAGAAGAUAUGUUGGAGAAUCAUAAAAAACAAAAGAAUAAUUAGCUCAAGUAGCUCUUGAAUAAUUCGGGGAUAUGUCUCAUAAUGCUUUUGUCAACAAAGUUGGUUAAACCUUAGAAUAUAAAAUGUAGAUUCUUAAAAAACUAAACUAAAAUGGUUUGCAAAGUCCUACAAAUGUUUUCGCUGAUUUAUAUGAAGAGUUUGGUUUAAAAAAGAAAACAAACUUUAAAGUCCGCAAGAGUUUGGCUGCUAGCAAUCAAGGAAGUCAGAAAGAUCUCAACAGCAAAGCCUAAUCUACACCAAACGGACAAGACUUCCAGAAAAAAAUACUCUAAGAGAGAAAGAAUUAAAUUAAAGAAAACAUCAAAAAACAAAACACAUUGAAUUACAUUGAAGACAUCAACCUAGUUACUAGUGGUACUCUGUAAGAUCAUAUCUAAAGAGGGAAAACAUUCCAUUCAUUGUAGCAAAACUCUAUGUAAGAAUUGAAUACUCCUGACCAUUUCUCAAGAAAUAAAGUUAGAGCUUCAACCACCAUCAACUUCAACACUUACAAUCACUAAACUUCUUCAUCAUAAGACUCUAGAAGAAUAAGUGAUAGAUAAAAAAGUUUUGAUGAAAUAAACUUGAGUGGAUAUGAGUCACAAACAUCAUCUUAAUCAAGCAUAACACUUCCAAAGAGAAACAGCUUUGCAGAUAAAUUUAAAAACCCUCCUAUGAUAUAAGUAAAGAAUUUAGAUGUUUUAGAGGAAGUGUCUGAGAAUAACUCUCCAGUUAAAAUUACCCAAGAGCAAACUAAAAAAAGAAACAAUACUGUAAACGAAAUGAAAAGUCCUAGCUAAAGCGAAUAUGGGUUAUCAAAAUCACAACUUUUGUAAGUUUAAUAUUUGUAAUAGAAAAUGAAUAAUGUUUAAGGCAGGAUGUCUUUAGAGAGUAAUGAAAAUACAUCUUCGUAGAAUCUUACUAGCAAAAGCUAGGUUUUCUUAAACCCUUCAAAACAAAUACUAACGAACUCAAGCAAUUAUAAUACAGGAAACAGCUAAUCUUAAAAUUCUGAUACAUCAUCAGUCACUAACAAUUCUAAUAUAUACACUAGUAAGUCAUUUUUAAAUAGAAACGCAACCAGCUUGAAAAAAAAAUAAGAAGCAAGAAGGGCUAUUUCCAGAAAUUCUUCAUCCAACUCUAAAGAAAAUUCUUUUAGAAUCAGUGCAAAAUAAAAUAACUUUUUCUCUCUUCAUAAAACUAUGCAAUAUUGCCAAUCCCAAGGCAAUAUGUAACAUUAAAACCCAAAUAGUACUCAAGUUUGA